AUGACACCAUAUUCGGACGAGAUAAGUCCUGGCAACCAACUCAAAGUUUCCAAUAGCAGGAAAGUACACGGGUUCUAUGUGACCUUUGACCAGUUUGGCGCCGAAGCAAGGUCCCGGGAAAGCUUCUGGUUUUGCUUGUCCCUGGCAAGGAGUUCUGUGGUGAACCAGCUGCUAGGAGGACUUUCAGGCCUCACCCACGAACUGAUCAGUUCAGGCCCUGUGAAAGCUCUGAGCACUGGCUGCAUGUUGACGAUGCCCGAUGGGCAGAGAUGCAUGUUUUUCGCAAAGUUGGGAACUAUGCUGGGCGACGAAUCAGCUCUGAAGUUUGUUUUUGAUGUGAAAGGAGCAUCGGGGACCCUGCCGUGUCCCCUGUGCUCCAACAUCAUCAGCAGAAUCAGUGCUGCUGAAGAUUACGAUGCGACUGGCACUUUAAGGAGCAUAUCCUGCACGGAUCCGAACGAUUUCGUCCUCCGGACAGAUGCUGAAAUCUUUCGGGCACACGAGCUACUGGAAAGGCGGCAGGCGACGUUGUCGAAGAAGGAUUAUACUCGAUUGGAACAAUCCUUGGGUCUCAACUGCAACCCCAAUGGAGUCCUGCAUUAUCGGUCCAUGCCACUCGUGCAGUCGUUAAUGUUUGACUGGAUGCACGUGUUUCUCGUGACGGGCCUGUGGCAAGCAGAAAUGGGCUUAUUGCUGCCCCUGUUGUACAGUGCCGGUCAUUCGGCGGAGACUUUGUUGGCUUACAUGAUGCAGAUCCAAUGGCCCCAGAACCUUCGUGGUAGACUCAAUGAGACAUUGCAGCUUUUCAAAAAGAAAACCUCGCCGAACGAGUUCAAGUCGUCAGCCUCGCAAGGGCUCAAUGCCUAUCCUUUGGUGCGGAUGUUUCUGCUGAGCUUGGAUGUGUUUAGCAUGAACGAUGCACUCAAGUUGGCCGUCAAGUCUUUCUUGAAGUUGUGCAUUGUCUUGGACAUUCUUUUGUCCAUCAAUCGUGGCGAAAGUGAUGCCAGUCGUGGUUUGGAAGGAGCCAUACAGCAGCAUUGCCAAGCCUUCAAAACAGCACACGGCGAAGACCACAUCACUCCGAAGUUCCACUAUGCCCAACACUUGGGCAGCAUGGCUGCAACCAAGGACCUCGUGUCGUGCUUUACGCACGAGAGGAAACACAAGGAGGUAAAAAACUUUGCAGACCACAUCAAAAACCCUACCAAGGGUUUCGAGGAUGCCAUCAUGAAGGAUGUGCUCGGCCGGUUCCUCUUAGCAAUGGAAGGCAGCACCGGACUUGUGCAGCCGCAUUUGAUCUCCCCCAAGCCUGCGAGCCCUCUUCUCAUGGCGAGUUUGGUGAGUGCUUUCGGGGCCGAGUCCGUGGGCCAAGCUCAGGGGGCUUUUGCAGCUCAGGUUUCACCUGGCUGCAUUGUCCACAAAGCUGACUUUGUUAAGCUGAAGUCCGGUGAUGUAGCCGAAGUGUGGUUGCAUGCACGACUCGGCUCCGGCGACCUUGUCACUUUGCUGCAGCCGUUUGCUGGCCUUGGUCGAAACAUGUACCAGCAGAAUGCGGAGGGGGCUCGUUUCGUGGCCUCAUCGGGCAUUCAGUCUGCAUGCCUGUAUGUCUGCGAUUUGUACAGCCAGUGGAACUGGGCCGCAGGGGGACCAAGCUACGAUUGCUUCAUCUCCCACAACUGGGGCAAGGAUUCCCAGGGCCGGGAUAACCACCAGAGGGUGGUGCGGAUUGCCAGCAGCCUGCAAAGUCAUGGCAUCCAAGUCUUUCUGCAAGAUUGCGAGGCACACCGAUACAGCAGCACCGACGAGGCUAUGGUCGAUGGCAUGCGGCGGUCGUCUGUGGCGUUGAUUUUCGUCACCAGGUCCUACAUCCAAAAGAUCGAGGACGGCCGGGUGGACGACGACUGCGUUGCCCAGUUCAACCUGGCCAAGCGUGCUCCUGCCAUCCUCCCCGUGGUGCUGGAACCAGAGCUGGUGAAGACAGGUAAGUGGGGCUGGAAUCGAGUCUACGCCCACCUUUCGGGCAAGAUGAUUGUAGAUCUUUCCGGAGGCGAUGUGACUUCGUUUCCGGCUGUCCUGGUCAGUGGCGUGGGCCAGCGGAUGCAGAGCCAGCUCGACCUACUGGAGCUGCGCAUUCUCCAAGAAGCUUACAGGCUACAUCCGAAGUUGAUGCAAGCUCGACCUCCCCCCAUGAUUCCGCACAAGGACGUAGUCAUGAUCUCCACUGUGUGCCUCAUUGCGGGAGCUGUCCUUCACGUGGCCGUGAUCACCGGCCAGACCGCUCUCGCGGGCACGCUGAAUCUUUUCUUCCGCCUCCUUGCGGCGGUGUCUGCGCUGCUCUGGUUCAUAGGUUUCACGCUCUACACAUUGUGGCUGGUGAUGAAGGCACGGCUCCCUCCAAGCUUCGACCUCGUGCCGGGCCUCAUGCAGCCGGCUGCCCUUGUGGGCAACGCCUGCAGGGCGAUUGUCUGGGGUAUGUUCCUGUUCCGGCACGUGAUGGUCAUCAGCGGCGUGGAGGAUCUGGAUGCUAACGCAGACGCCUUGCUAAAUGCCACAGCGACGAACUCCACUGAGGACUUCGAGUGGGUCGAUCAGUCUGCCACAUACGGCUUCACGGCGUUCUCCUUGGUUUGCUUCCUGGAUGCCUGGCUCCUUUCCCGGGGUUGCCCUGGAAGCUUCCAGGAGAGCUUGCUUUCCGCAGAGAGCCUCGGUGGCUGGGCCUGGGUUUCCCUGGCCUUGGCGUCCGUCUUCAUGUCGAUUUCAGCUGCUGCGACGACGCAGACCUGGUCCGAUGUGGCCGUGCUGGAAAUCCUGGCCGCUGUGCUGCUGUUUCUGGGCUCAGCCCUCCUCCUCUUGUGGUUGCUGCUGCAUCCCAAGCAGUUGAGGAAGCGCCUGGAGAUGUUGGCUGCAGGACCUCCAGCUCCUGUCGAGCUUGGCAAGGGCAAGGACCGCUUAGAAGGCGCCGUGGAGGUCCCAGCACGGGAACAUGAAGCUGCAAAGCCACUUUCCGGCCCGCCACUCACUACACAGGUGGCAGAGCCGCCAGCAAAGCCCUUGCCUUCCCCAGCCGCAGCUGCAGAGCAGGCGCCGGCCCGCGAAGCUCAGAAGGACCCAGGCCCAGCAGAGGAGUCGCCGCCUGCGAACGAGGCACCAGCCAAAGCAAUAUCCGGCUCCAGUCUGGAGGCCCUCCCAGCAGCCACUGCAGAGCCGGCGCCUGCGUCUGCGCCAUCUCCAUCCUUACCAGCCGAGGCUCGGACACCGAAGACUCCAAAAGACGGCCAGCGAAAGCGGGUCGUGUCGUCGCUUCUGAAAGCCGCAAAGGAUGGAAGCUUGAACACCAGCCUCAAGGAGUUCGAAGCCAAGGAGUUUGGGGUGAGUGACUCAGAGGCAUCGCCUACGUCUGCACCUGCGAGAGCGGCAGUCGCGGAGGUGGCGACGGCGCCACCAGGCGAGCCAUCGGCUAACGAAGCCCCCAGGGCCGACGCGGCCCCGAAGACGAGCUCCUGA